GAAAAAAUGGCGGCGGGCAGCAGCUCAAACGUGAACGAAAAUAUUCCCGUUUUUGAAUAUAAAGACAUAAACACCAAACCAUUCCACGUUGGCUCAUUCAGAACCGCAUGGCUUGAGAAAUUGAAACCAACUGACUAUUCCUACGAGGAAAAAUACGAAGAGACUCAAGAUGCCGACUUUGCAAAGGAGAUGGGAAUCGCACCAGAAACGUUGGAUGAACUGAAAGUUAUCUGCAGGUUUGUACAGUAAGGGUUAGUUAUACAUGUAUUUGGGACACUAGCUAGCUGGAUAGCCAUUGUGUCAGUCUAGUUGACAAGCAGAAACUUCUCAAUAUGCUAGUUAUCGUUUGUCAAUAAUAAGAUGUUUGGUGAUGAACUUCAGAGUCUGUAGUAGUGGACUAGGGAUAUAAUUUAGGGGGGCAGGAAGGAUCUUCCCUUUGUUUUUGUUUUGUGACCCAUUUUAGAAUCUUGGUCAAAACUAGUUGUAUCAGAGAUGGUUUUUAUAAAGUUGAGGUUCAGACUUUUUGCUGUCAAAUUACCUAUAUUUGUUCCGUAAUCUUCACAUGGUCGAUUUUUUUUCCAGCAUUGACAAUCUUCGCUGUCAAUCUGAAGAGGAGCCCCUUGACACCAACGUUGUGCCACCUGACCCCACUCUGCAAACACUAAUGUCAAACAUUACAACAUUUUACUGUCAUUUUACUAUUCAAAUUACAUCCUAGACCAUUUAGACAUAAUGCACCAAUUCCAUGUUCUGCAGAUAGAUACUCAAUCACUGCAUUAAAAAAGUGUUGCCUUGUUUGUGUUCUGACAGACAGAGAAAGAAGAAGCAGGAUUACAAAGACACCCUGAGGAUCGAUAAGAUAAGCAGAGUUGACCACUACCAAGAUGAACUGGUGAGUUAUACCCCGUGAAAGUAACCACCCCUUCCGCUUUACUUCCGUGGGCUUGACGAUUAUAUAAUUGUAAGUAAUUUAAGAUAUAUAAACUUAUAUUCGUGUUUGAGGAUGAAUUUACUUCUACCGGGUGUUUGCGUCGGAGACCAGUGCGUUACAUUUUUUGUCCAUUGAAUACCAUUCAAAAAGCCUACAAAAGUUCAAAAACUUCAAGGCUACUUCUUGGAAAAACGCCGCGUCACUUGCAAAGAGUAUAACCUGUUGAUGUGACCUUUGACUUGUAGCGUGACUGACACCCAGCAGUCUACACACCCAGACCCUUGGGUCAUAUUCUUCAGUUUGGUGCCUAAUGAACAUGACCCACAAGAGCUAAGAUGGGCUGUUUUUAGACAUUUGAUUGACUUGUGUGUGUGUGUGUGUGUUUUUGUUUGAUCUUCUAGGAGAGCCUAGCAGUGGGUAAAAGGCCUGAGGACCUUGUUGACUUGGUGCCAGAAGGGGAGAUCAUUUUGAGCAUCAACGUUCUCUACCCAGCCAUAUUUGAGAGAGUACGUGCCGUUUCACUUCUUCGAUGCCAAGUCUUUGUUGGAAUUUUCAACUUUUGGUGAUUCUCACAAUCUCCAUCAUUAGACACAACAAUAUUGCCUAUUAAUAUAAUUUAUACCAUGGCAUUGUUGAAUACUUGUUUCAGUUUGGCUUGAAAGGCAUUCUAGAGCGUGCAUUAUUUCCCUAUAACGCACGUUAUAUCAGCACGGUAGAAUGUUUUUGUAUCCAUUGUGUGGCCCUCUCUGCUCUCUUCCAGUUUAAGUAUGUGAGGCCCCACAUGACCUUUCAGAUGCUGGGCUCCCAUAGGCUGGUGGACCUGAGGGACGCUAUCUGCUGUAUCAGCGACCUGCAGGUCUUCGGAGAGUUCAGCAACACGCCCGACAUGGCACCGGACUUCAUCAGCAAGGUGACACGCGCACACACAAAGAGAUAUACUCACGCUCAAACCAUACUAUUGUGAUGGUAGGUGGGUGCUUAUAUUUUCCUGUUUCACACAUGUACAAGUGUGUAUUAUAUGCAUAUGUGUGAAAUUGAAAUGUGUUUUUUGCAUAUCCCAACUCCCCCUGAGACACCCUCGGAAAGUGGGGUCAUGCCCAGGGUCAGCGGCGACCCUGGAGCAAUUAGGGUUAAGUGCCUUGCUCAAGGGCACAUCAACAGAUUUUUCACAUUGUAGGCUCGAGGAUUCGAACUAGCGACCUUUUGGUUACUGGCCCAACGCUCUAAAGGCUAGGCUACCGUCGGAAUGUAAAUCUAUAGUCAGUAGACAGUUCGUCUUAAAUAGUCGACCCUUACAUCACGAGCAGUGCACAACAAACUAAUACAUCCAAUUGUUAGAUGCUACCACCCCACUUCCAAAUCAAAACCAAACAUUUAGUAGAUGCCAGUAGAUUUCUUGUGCACUGCUCGGUGAUGUAAAGGACAACUUUUCAAGAAGAACUGUCUACUGACUAUGGAUAUACAGUACAUUCCGAUGUGGAACACGUGCUGCUUCACAGGUACAGUCAUUGAUUGUGAGUCUUGAACACAUUUGCUAUGGCAUACGAUUAGACCACAUUUUAUUCAUACAUUAGAUAAUAAGGAGGUGUACGUUUGGGCUACUCAGCCACAUACUCAGACACCCUCAUAGAGAAAGUAUAAGCCUACGUAAUAGGACUUGAUCAUCAUGUUGGUGUUGGGUGAACCUUUUCACUGUCUGUUUCAGGAUCACUUCAAAUCCGCCUUCUUCUACUUUGAAGGGGUCUUCUACAAUGACAUGCGUCACCCUGAGUGCCAGGACAUGAGCGAGUAAGUGUCUUUCUUGCUCUCUCUUUCUCGCUUUUGCUUUCUCUGACAUCUAUCUGUCAUCUCCAUCAUCCCCUCUCGCUACAUCUACUGGACUGACUGAACCAUCAUCCCCUCUGGUAUCUACUGGACUGACUGAACCAUCAUCCCCUCUGGUAUCUACUGGACUGACUGAACCAUCAUCCCCUCUGGUAUCUACUGGACUGACUGAACACUUCAGACUAGGCUAACUUGAACUCUCACCUUAGCUGAUCCUGCUGACUCUACCGUAGACUGCCAUUGAAUUAAAAUUGAGAGAACAUCCGUGGAAAUGGGCCCGUAGAAGCCAGGGGGUAACCCGAAAAAGACAAAACAGGCUUGUUAUAUUGCAGAGACAAUGCUGUAGAGAGUGAGAGGUAGGGGCAGAUCCGCAUAUUAGGUUACAUCAGGACAAUACUUUUUUCAGCCAUAGAACUUUAUAUUGGACUGGAGAUGAGGAUUUGGGGAGGUAUUAGGUGAAGAACAUUGCAUUCGGUUUGCCUAUCUAUGACCCAGACACAACUCUAUGGCUGGGUUAACCUUGGGGAUGUGACAGCGGAAUAAACAGAGAUGUGUUAGAUUAUAAUGGGCCACAAUCCAAUUCAUUAAUAUGCCAAACCAGGCCACUACAAGACCCAUUGGAAAUUAGAAAAUGAUUUCUACGUGCUCCCCUCUCAUCCACUUAGCAUUUGAUUGAUGAUGAACUGGAAACAACCUUUAAGCCAGAGUAUAAUCAAAACUAUUUUCUCAGACAAGGCUAGUAGAAAGCAUACUGAACAAAAAUAUAAACACAACAUGUAAAGUGUUGGUCCCAUGUUUCAUGAGCUGAAAUAAAAGAUCCCAGAAAUGUUUCAUACACACAAAAAGCUUAUUUCUCUAAAAUGUUGUGCACAAAUGUGUUUACAUCCCUGUUAGUGAGCAUUUCUCCUUUGCCAAGAUAAUCCAAUUGUUAGGUUUUAAAAUAAACAGAGUAAAACUCACGCAAGACUAGGAAAAGCUCAAACCAAGUUUAUUCACCCAAUGGGUCAAACAGCUGAAAAUACGUUUACACAAGCACAUACAGUACCAGUCAAACGUUUGGACACACCUACUCAUUCAAUAGUUUUUCUACAUUGUAGAAUAAAAGUGAAGACAUCAAAACUAUGAAAUAACACAUAUGGAAUCAUGUAGUAACCAAAGAAGUGUUAAACAAAUCAAAAUAUAUUUUAUAUUUGAGAUGCUUCAAAGUAGCCAUACUUUGCCUUGAUGACAGCUUUGCACACUCUUGGCAUUAUCUCAACCAGCUUCAUGAGGUAGUCACCUGGAAUGCAUUUCAUUUAACAGGUGUGCCUUGUUAAAAGUUAAUUAGUGGAAUUUCUUUCCUUCUUAAUGCGUUCGAGCCAAUCAGUUGUGUUGUGACAAGGUAGGGGGAGUAUACAGAAGAUAGCCCUAUUUGGUAAAAGACCAAGUCCAUAUUAUGGCAAGAACAGCUCAAAUAAGCAAAGAGAAACGACAGUCCAUCAUUACUUUAAGACAUGAAGGUCAGUCAAUACAGAAAAUGUCAAGAACUUUGAAAGUUUCUUCAAGUGCAGUCGCAAAAACCAUCAAGCGCUAUGAUGAAACUGGCUCUCAUGAGGACCGCCACAGGAAUGGAAGACCCAGAGUUACCUCUGCUGCAGAGGAUAAGUUCAUUAGAGUUAACUGCACCUCAGAAGUUGCAGCCCAAAUAAAUGCUUCAGAGUUCAAGUAACAGACACAUCUCACCAUCAACUGUUCAGAGGGGACUGUGUGAAUCAGGCCUUCAUGGUUGAAUUGCUGCAAAGACACCACUACUAAAGGACACCAAGAAGAAGAAGAGACUUGCUUGGUCCAAGAAACACGAGCAAUGGACAUUAGACUGGUGGAAAUCUGUCCUUUGGUCUGAUGAGUCCAAAUGUAAGAUUUUUGGUUCCAACCGCUGUGUCUUUGUGAGACGCAGAGUAGGUGAACGGAUGAUCUCCGCAUGUGUGGUUCCCACCGUGAAGCAUGGAGGAGGAGGUGUGAUGGUGUGGGGGUGCUUUGCUGGUGACACUGUCAGUGAUUUAUUUAGAAUUCAAGGCACACUUAAUCAGCAUGGCUACCACAGCAUUCUGCAGUGAAACGCCAUCCCAUCUGGUUUGCGCUUAGUGGGACUAUCAUUUGUUUUUCAACAGGACAAUAACCCAACACACCUCCAGGCUGUGUAAGGGCUAUUUGACCAAGAAGGAGAGUGAUGGAGUGCUGCAUCAGAUGACCUGGCCUCCAUAAUCACCCGACCUCAACCCAAUUGAGAUGGUUUGGGAUGAAUUGGACUGCAGAGUGAAGGAAAAGUAGCCAACAAGUGCUCAGAAUAUGUGGGAACUCCUUCAAGACUGUUGGAAAAGCAUUCCAGGUGAAGCUGGUUGAGAGAAUGCCAAGAGUGUGCAAAGCUGACAUCAAGGCAAAGGGUGGCUACUUUGAAGAAUUUCAAAUAUAAAAUAUGUUUUGAUAUGUUUAACACUUUUUUGGUUACUGUGUUAUUUCAUAGUUUUGAUGUCUUCACUUUUAUUCUACAAUGUAGAAAAUAGUAAAAAUAAAGAAAACCCCUUGAAUUAGUAGGUGUGUCCAAACUUUUGACUGGUAGUGUAUAUUUAUACCCUCUUUCUAGGCGGAGACUCCUCCUUGCACAUCUGGACAGCCAAUAUAUCUCUCUGUUGCUAGGCAGGAACUCGAGUGGCAACUGUUCCUUCUCACUUCGUCUGACCUGACCUCGGCCCGCAUUCCUCACUCCUCCCUAACUCAAGACUGUUUCCCUUCUCCUCUCCAUAGGAUACAUGAGAUUUAACAAUAACAUGUUCUGACAGAAUGUAAACUUUCUGCCCUCCCCUUCCUCACUCAGUAACUUUCCAUACACCUAGUUCUUAUCCACCCUCCAUUGUUCUAAUAUGGUAACAUGAAUAAGGAUAUUUCAAGUUAGAACCCAACAUCAUCCACCUGACAGGUGUGGCAUAUCAAGAAGCUGAUUAAACAGCAUGAUCAUUACACAGGUGUACCUUGUGCUGGGGACAAUAAAAGGCCACUCUAAAAUGUGCAGUUUUGUCACACAGCACAAUGCCACAUGAACGUUUUGAGGGAGUGUGCAAUUGGCAUGCUAACUGCAGGAAUGUCCACCCGAGCUUUUGCCAGAGAAUUGAAUGUUCAUUUCUCUACCAUAAGCCACCUUCAACGUCGUUUUAGAGAAUUUGGCAGUAUGUCCAACCGGCCUCACAACCGCAGACCACGUGUAACCACACCAGCCCAGGACCUCCACAUCCGGCUUCUUGACCUGCGGGAUCGUCUGAGACCAGUCACGGACAGCUGAUGAAACUAUGGGUUUGCACAACCGAAGAAUCUCUGCACAAACUGUCAGAAACCGUCUCAGGGAAGCUCAUCUGCAUGCUCGUCAUCCUCACCAGGAUCUUGACCUGACUGCAGUUCGGCGUCGUAACCGAUUUCAGGAGGCAAAUGCUCGAUGGCCACUGGCACGCUGGAGAAGAAUCCUGGUUUCAACUGUAUCGGGCAGAUGGCAGACAGCAUGUGUAUGGUGUCGUGCGGGCAAGCAGUUUGCUGAUGUCAACGUUGUGAACAGAGUGCCCCAUGAUGCGGUGGGGUUAUGGUAGGGGCAGUUAUAAGCUAUGGACAAUGAACACAAUUGCAUUUUAUCGAUGGGACUUUGAAUGCACAGAGAUACCGGGAUGAGAUCCUCAGGCCCAUUGUCGUGCCAUUAAUCCGCCGCCAUUACCUCAUGUUUCAGCAUGAUAAUGCACAGCCCCAUGUCGCAAGGAUCUGUACACAAUUCCUGGAAGCUGAAAAUGUCCCAGUUCUUCCAUGGCGUGCAUACUCACAAGACAUGUCACCCAUUGAGCAUGUGUGGGAUGCUCUGGAUUGACGUGUAUGACCGCGUGUUCCAGUUCCCGCCAAUAUCCAGCAACUUCGCACAGCCAUCGAAGAGGAGUGGGACAACAUUCCACAGGCCAGAAUCAACAGCCUGAUCAACUCUAUGCGAAGGAGAUGUAUCUGUGACCAACAGAUGCAUAUCUGUAUUCCCAGUCAUGUGAAAUCCAUAGUUUAGGGCCUGAUUUUAUUUAUUUCAAUAUGAACUGGAACUCAGUAAAGUCUUUAAAAUUGUUGCAUGUUGCGUUUAUUUUUGUUCAGUAUAAAUUAAGAUGAAUUUCCAAAGCGUGUUUUCUGGGUGUUGAAGUUCAUUUCUCUUCCUCUCUACUUUCUACUGUACUUUUCAAAUUGGACAAUAAAGUUGCAUUGUAUUGUAUUUCCAGGACCACCAUUGAUUGGGCAAAGACUAGAGACUUCCCCACGUUCCACAAGGCCAAGAUGGAGGACACCAAGUUCUACGACCUGAAGGUGAAGGUGGGCUACCCCUACCUCUUCUGUCACCAGGGAGACUGCGAGCACGUUGUCAUCAUCACCGACAUCAGGUCAGAGGUCAUAUUUUGUCAUUCAUAUUGAUCAUAUUGAUACCUGGAUGUUGAGCUUUGACUUGGUGUGUUGUUCCCCCCCCCCUACAGUGAGCUUCAAAAGUAUUGGGACAGUGACACGUUUGUUGUUUUGUCUCUGUUCUCCAGCCCUUUGGAUUAGAAAUGAUACAGCUAUGAGGUUAAAGUGCAGACUGUCAGCUUUAAUUUGAGGGUAUUUUUUAUCCAUAUCGGGUGAACCGUAAAAAAAUUACAGCACUUUUGUACAUAGUCCCCCCAUUUUAGGGGACCAAAAGUAUUUUAGGGGACCAAAAGUACAAAUUCACGUAAAGUAGUAAAAUGUUUAGUAUUUGAUCCCAUAUUCACAGCACGCAAUGACUACAUCAAGCUUGUGACUCUACACAUUUGUUGGAUGCAUUUGCUGUUUGUUUUGGUUGUUUCAGAUUAUUUUGUACCAAAUAGAAAUUAUGGUAAUAAUGUAUUGUGUCAGUUUUGGAGUCACUUUUAUUGUAAAUAAGAGCUAGCAUCAACAUUAAUGUAGAAACAUAUUAUAAAUAUAUUUUCAAUAAAAGUGACUCCAAAAUGACACAAUACAUUAUGUACCAUUAAUUUCUAUUGGGCACAAAAUAAUCUGAAACGCAACCAAAACAAACAGCAAAUGUAAGAGAGAGUAUAGUAGACUGUUGCUGUCAGAAAGUGAUUGAUGUGCUUUGCUGUGUCCUUUUGGUUGACCUCUUAAUGACAUCCUCCGGAUGAGGCACUAUAUUUAUUGUCAUUAGGUAACUUGACAGUGCACCUGUUUCUUUGAAGUAAAAAAUGUGUUUGAACUUGUUGAUCUCUUAGUGACAUCCUCUCAGGUGAUGUGUAGUGAACUUGUUGAACUUAAAGAGAUGGGUGCAGGGGUUGGUGUCAGGUUACAAGUAGGGGUAUUUACAAGCAGCUACAGGGUCUGCAAGCUCGGGACUUAAUAAAUCACUCUCUCCUCCUCUCUAGGUGUCUAACAGAUAACGCCUUAAUGCGUUCAAUAUUGUGACCCUAGGUUCACAACAUGCUUAAUGACUUGGGUACCCACAAUGUACCCACCUAAAAAAGAUAAUUGUACUCUUAUAAUAAUAAUAAUAAUAAUAACUCUUUAACGAUGUGCCCUUUACUAAUGACUGAAACAGAUAAUUUUACCCCCUUAAUAACCUUUUACUGCAGUGGGCUAAAUCAGGGUCACACAGAGGUUCUUGGUAGUCUUAACAAGACACCAGUACCAUGUCAGAUAUAGAGUUUACAUUUAUUCAAUUUUGAGUUUGCAUCCCAAAAUGACACUUUGUCUCUGAAUGUCCUUGAGUGGCCCAGCCAGAGGCCGGACUUGAACCCGAUCGAACAUCUCUGGAAAGACCUGAAAAUAGCUGUGCAGCGACGCUCCCCAUCCAACCUGACAGAGCUUGAGAGGAUCUGCAGAGAUAAAUGGGAGAAACUACCCAAAUACAGGUGUGCCAAGCUUGUAGCGUCACACCCAAGAAGACUCGAGGCUGUAAUCGCUGCCAAAGGUGCUUCAACAAAGUACUGAGUAAAGGGUCUGAAUACUUAUGUAAAUGUGAUAUUUCAGUAGUUUAAAAAAAAAAAAUAUAUAUAUAUAUUUGCAAACAUUUCUAAAAACCUGUUUGUCAUUAUGGGGUAUUGUGUGUAGAUUGAGGGGGGAAAAAACUAUUUAAGGCUGUAACGUAACAAAAUAUGGAAAAAGUCAAGAGGUCUGAAAUACUUUCCGAAUGCACUGAAUGUACAAAGUGUGUUAAUUUCUAAACAGUUCACCCGACAUGGAUGAAAAUACGCUCAAAUUAAAGCCGACAGUCUACACUUUACUUUUGGAACUCGCUGUAUCUAUGAGGAAUCAAUGUGUCAGAAAUCAGGUCACCUUACUCAUAUCAGUGCUGUGUGUCAAUAGUCAAUACUGUGAAGAAGGCUAGAUUUCUGAUAAGGCAGCAGGCCAGGGGAAAGUGCUGCCCUUUCUAGAUGAAUAGGAUUAAUUCACUUCUUUGAUCAAUUCACUCACAUGAUAAAGAGCCUAGAGGCUUUCAAAAUGUCAUCGUUCUGAGACUGAUUUGAUUUGUUUAAGUCUUUUUAGCAUUCUUCUGACUGGUUUUCUUUGCUGCAGGCACUGUAACUGUGCAUGAAGGCUGGUUUUGUGGCAUAGCGGUGUGAUGUUUCCAAGAAGGACUCUGCCUCAGUGCUGCCAGUGAAACAGUUCCCAAAACUGUGCUGGCUCAGAUAUCCCAUCACUUUGUCCUUUUUCAGCACAGUUUAUUUAUUUAACCUUUAUUUUGACAGGGAGUCAAUGCUGAGACCAAGGUCUCUUUUCCAGAUGAGCCCUGUUUAACACAACAAUACAUAUCAAAAAACAGUAUACACAAAUUAUGAUAGUGUUUUGCCUUUUAUGUAUUGUUGUGUAGUUUAAAGACACAUUCUUCAGUAAAAAGAUCUCCUAGGAGCCGUCAAAUGCCCCAGGCCAGUGUUUUCCAAACUCGGUGUACGUUUUGGUUUUUGCCCUAGAACUACACAGCUGAUUCAAAUAAUCAACUAAUUAUCAAGCUUUGAUCAUUUGAAUCAGCUGUGUAGUGUUAGGGCAAAGAACAAAAUGUGCACUGAGUUUGGGAAACAGUGCCCUAGGCCUACAGCACAGGGGUCAAACUCAUUCCAAGGAGGACAGUGUCUACGGGUUUUCGCUCCUCCCAUGUACUUGAUUGAUUAAUAAUAAUAAUAAUAUGCCAUUUAGCAGACGCUUUUAUCCAAAGCGACUUAGUCAUGCGUGCAUACAUUUUUUUUUUGUGUAUGGGUGGUCCCGGGGAUUGAACCCACUACCUUGGCGUUACAAGCGCCGUGCUCUACCAGCUGAGCUACAGAGGACCACAUUAAUUAAGGUUAGUAAUUAGUGAGGAACUCCCCUCACCUGGUUGUCUAGGUCUUAACUGAAAGGAAAAACAAACACCAGCAUACCGUAGGCCCUCCAUGGAAUGAGUUUGACACCCCUGCAUUAGAGGCACCAAUUCCUCCUAUUUGUAAAGUGCAUUGGAGAUCAUUCCACACGACAGGUGAAAGGUUCCAGCAACUAUGGUGGAUACGUAACAGGGCUAGUUCAGUACAGUUUGGCUUGGCUCAUUAGUGUGGACAUGGUAUGUAAGUUUUAUUUUUUCCCCUGCCCAAUGUUUCUAGACUGGCCCAUAAGGAUGACUGCCUGGAUAAGAAACUGUACCCUCUCCUUACCCACAAGCACAGGGUCUUGACCAGGAAGUGCGCCGUGUGUAACGUCUACAUCGGCAGGUGUGUAGAGACAAAAUGUCCCCCACAAUAAAAGAUAAUCAUUACUUGGGUUAUGAGUUUUCCCUGUUUACAUGACCUGGCCAAAAAAAACAUAUCCCUAGUAAUUGACUGUACAUUAGUUUUAAAAAUGAUGAGUUAAAGAAUUAUCUGGCACGGAAGUUGUCAGUGUACUAACUGGCCUUUUUUUGUUUCGUUUUCAGAUGGUUAACCACAAAUGAUCCAUUUGCCCCAAAUGACCCGUGUCUCUUCUGUGAGCGGUGCUUCCGCAUGCUGCACUACGACAAGGAAGGAAACAAACUAGGACAGUUUCCUGGCCUACCCUUAUGUGGACCCUGGUGCCUUCAACUGAGACCGAGCUGCCCACAUUCUACUAACCUUUCUCCCAUCUACUGCUGGGCAGUAUUGGCACAUAGGGAGGAGUUUUUCUAUUUUCUGUUGGAAUUAAAGCACUUUACCUACUGUUUUUCUACUUUCAUCUUGGAUUGGGAUUCACGGUCACAUGGAAAUGUUCUGGUUAAUAAAGCAUUUUUGGGGGGUACAUUUGCAGUGAUAUUUUUCUGUAGUCGUCUAGAAUUGUAAAGCUCAUAUUGAGAACGUUAGUUUAGGAUUGAUGAACCUUCAGUGGUGAACUGGUGACGUCACCAGCUCAUGCUACUCAUGAUGAAAAGUUCACAUGAACGAUUAUAGCUUUUACGAAGUAUUGGUUUCACAAAUUAAGCUUCUAUGGACAGUGGGACAAUACCCUUCUCUUAUACAUUUGAAACCCCACCUCUUUAAGGAAUACCUGGGAUAGGAUAAAGUAAUCCUUCUACCCCCACCCCCCCAAAAAAAAAAAAAAAUAUCGUAAAGUGGUUAUCCCACUGGCUAUAAGGUGAAUGCACCUAUUUGUAAGUCGCUCUGGAUAAGAGCGUCUGCUAAAUGAUGUAAAUGUAAUACCUGUAGUGCCUCUGGCUAGGGAGUUGGAUAGCACUGUAUACCUUGCCCUGCGACAGCUCGAGUGAUGGUGACUUGGAAAGGCACUUUAGCAACAUCUUUAUUCCAUUGAAGUGUUUUGAAUCGUCUUAACCGAUCUGUUAAGCUAAUGAUGGCCAUUUGUUUAGACCCGAAAGCUCAGAUCUGA